AUGAUUUCAAAGUUUCGGUCUUUCCAUAAAGACUCUGUUCAUAUAGACAGGUUAAAUUUGACAAAUGUUGUUGUGGGACCAGAUGCUUGGAAUUUACUUAAACCGCAACCGUGUUACAUAAACAUUAAUAUGAAUACUGAUUUCCGUAAGGCUUCGAAAGAUGACGAUUUGAAAUAUUCAUUGAAUUAUGCAGUUAUUUCUAGGGAUUUAGUUUCCCAAAUUACUAAAACAACUGGCAGCACAAAAUUCAGAAAUCUUUUAGAGUUAAGUAAUUAUUUGAACAAACACCUAUUAGAAACGUACAAGGGCAUUCAAUCUUUACAAACAGAAUGCAUUCUACCCAAUGCUAACAUUAGAUGUAAGGAAGUUAUUUUGCAAACAAACCAAGAGGACGAGCAUAAUAUCACAAGUACUCCAACCAGCUGUAAAUUAAUUUUAAAAGAUAUUCAAUUGUUAACUUUAAUUGGUGUUUUUACUUUUGAAAGGUUACAAAAACAGUUUAUUACUUUGGAUAUUGAAAUUCCCAUUUUUGGCACUUUUUUCCCAAAUUAUCGUAAAAUCAUCAAGGUCGUUUGUGACUAUUUAGAAAGUGAAAAUUUUAAAACUGUCGAAGCAUUGGUUGAAUCCACGGCACAAUUAAUAUUCCAAGAAUUCCCUGAUAUAUCGGGUAAUGAAACCAGCACCAAAGAGAAUGGUCAGAUUUUAGUUAAAGUUACCAAAUUGAAUGCGAUUACAGAUACACUUGGUGUUGGUGUCAAAUGCUUAAGAAACAUAAACGAUUUUGAAAACCGUUCCAAAAUUUUACUCAAUACUACUGGAAAUACGAUUGACACUGCAUCUAAUACUUUCGACUUACCAUUAAAAUCUAAAGCCACAAACGUCAACAAUACUCAAAAUUAUAAGAAUUCUGUAUGUUACUUGGCAUUUGGUUCCAAUAUGAACGAUAAAUUGAGUAAUAUUUUACAAUCCUUCCAAAAUUUAGAGAAUGUACCUGGUAACAAAAUCUUAGAUAUAUCCUCAAUCUAUGAAAGUGAACCUAUGUAUUUUGAAGACCAGGAUUUUUUUUAUAAUGGUGUGAUCAAACUACAGACAAAUUUUCCGCCACAUGAACUAUUGAGAUAUUGUAAAAAAAUUGAGUAUGAAUGUUUGCAAAGAGUAAAACAUUUUGACAAUGGUCCACGAACCAUUGAUUUGGAUUUAUUAUUGUAUUUCAAUGAGUUGCAAGAACCAGUUAAUUUAAACACCAGAGAUUUGAUUAUACCGCAUCCUAGGAUGUUGGAAAGAGGAUUUGUGUUAUUGCCAUUGUGCGAAAUAAUUCCCCCUGAUUUAGUUCAUCCGAUCACUGCUGAGCCUAUAUGGGAUCAUUUAAACCAAUUAUCUAAACCAUGGGGAUUAAGUAAAGUGUUACCAUUAAGUGGGAAUAGAACCGGUUUGAAAUAUAACAUACCAAGAAACAGUGGUACCAGUGGGAACAAUCCCACAUACAUUAUGUCAGUUAUAAACGCCACCCCUGAUUCUUUCAGUGAUGGCGACCCAAAUUUUACUAUUGAUGGAAAAAUAGCCCAAAUUAAAAAAAACAUCAAGGACGUUUUGGCAAUUUACCCCGAACAAAAAAUUAUCCUAGAUAUCGGUGGGUGUUCCACCAGACCUGGGUCGGAGCAACCCUCCAUCAAAGAGGAAAUAACCAGAAUUGAACCUAUACUAUUAAAAUUGACAGAGGAACUCUUGUCGGAUAAUGAUAAUAUAUUAAUAUCCGUUGACACUUAUAGAGCUGAGGUUGCUGCAAAAGCUAUUGAGUUAGGAUGUGAUAUUAUAAACGAUAUUAGUAUGGGCAGUCUAAGUAAUGAUGGCACCGCGAUGUUUGAAUUGUUGAGUAAAAACCCAACGGUGGGUUAUGUGCUAAGCCAUUUCAGAGGUGACGUUAGUUCAAUGAAUAAACAUGCCGAUUAUAGUAACAGGGAUUUGGUCAAUGCUAUUUGUGAAGAGUUAGACGUUGCAAUAGAUAGAUGUUUAUCACAUGGUAUGAAGAGGUGGCAACUUAUACUGGACCCUGGUAUCGGAUUUGCCAAAAACGGGCCGCAAAAUAUUCAAUUAAUCAAGAAUUUACACAAAUUUGAUGAAUAUUUUAGAUCAUAUUAUCCCAUUUUAAUCGGUCCAUCGAGGAAAAAAUUCUUGGGAACCAUAACCAAUGAGCUAAUUGCUUCUCGAAGAGAUAUAGAAACUAUGGCUGUUAUAUCUAUGUGUGCUGGUAAUAACACUUGCGAUAUUGUUAGGGUUCAUGACCCUAGGAUAUGUGCAAAAACAUUAAAAGUUGUAGAUACUUUGAGAAGCUGA